GUUUGCAGCUGCUGCCACAAGACAAAUUACAGUCAGACAGACUUCGACAACUGGAUGGCAGGUGACAAAGACAAGCUCCACCAAUAUGCAGAGGAAUGGAGGGAUGCACAUAUGUCUUCUGCACAUGACAGGAUAUUCAAGGACUAUGGUGUUUGCUACUCAGAACUGUGGCAUUUGCCAUAUUGGGACCCCACUUGCCAACUCAUCAUAGAUUCAAUGCAUUGUAUACUUGAGGGACUUGUUCAACAUCAUGUGUGCAGCCUACUUGGGUUAACCACAGAGACUUCUUCCACUGUGCACUCCAUAAUUCCUGCAUUUCACUAUGAGUUUAAGUUGGUUGUCCCUGGUACCCCCAAGGCGCUGUCUAUGACAACAAAGGAGAUCACACAAGUCUUGGCACUUCACAAGCUUCUUGUUUCACUGGUCCCAUCAUAUGAUGACAACAAAGCUGUUGAGUCCUUCAUGAUUGACUUGUGGGAGUCACUAGUCCACAAAAAUGCUUGCCCUCUGAAAUUUGUUUGCCAAAGCUUAGGGUGUGUUCCCUCAAAGAGUGGUAAAAUUGUUCCUGAUCUUACUACAUGUCCUGCAGCUGAUGCAAUGUAUACUCCAUGGCUGCAGAUGCCCUUGUCUGCAUUACAGCACCAACCUGGCAAGUUCACCAAGUCAGACCUGUUGGAUCAAGUUUGCAAAGUUAUUCAUGACAUUGUGACACCAUCAUGGUUAGGCUCUGUUCCCAGCAAUUUUGGUGAUGUGUCCACUGGCACUAUCAAGGCAGAUCAAUGGCACUCACUGAUUAAGGUUUAUCUUCCCCUAGCAUUGAUCAAUCUUUGGGGUACAAGCAACAACUGUUCCAAUGAUGGCACAGACCAUAAGGCUGUUCUCAAUCACACAAUGGAUCUCAUUUCUGCUGUCAAUCUUGCCUGUGCUUGGACCAUGAGUACUUUGUGA